UGUCUCAAAAAAAAAAAAAAAAAAAAUUCCAGACCUCUCCCUUUCACCCUUAAAUCCCUCUGCCCAGUGACAGCCACUUUCAGCUCCUUUCCCUAUGUCUUCUGGUAUUUACCUUUGGAUUUCUAAGUAAUAAUAAUAUUAAUUGACUGUUAUUACUAAUCUGUAAUCCUUAGGUAAUACCUAUUAUAUACCAGGUACUGUUCUAAGUGCUUUACAGCCCUUAGCUUAUUUAAUCUCAACAACCCCUGUGAAGCAGGGUCUAUUAUUGUUUCCUUUUACCGAUGAGGACACUUAAGCACAGAAAGGUUAAACAGUUUAUACAACCUCACUAUCAUUAGUAGGUGUUAAAGAACCUAGGUAGUCUGGCUCCAGAAUCUGUGCUUGUAAUCAUACUCCCCUCCUGUAUUGUCUCUCAUUGCUAUUUCUUUGUCUGUCAAUUUUAGGCAUUAUCUGUUAAGCUUUUAGUAUGGGAUAUGAGCAUUUGGUCUUCUUACACCAUCACAUUGGCUUCCUUUCCCCCUUUCAGCUUCAUAGUAAUUUAAAAAUAAAUCAGUAUUCUAUGUUUACAUUAUUAUAACUCUGAAAGAUUCAUUUACUAUCAAGCCAAAUAGUGUAGUGUGAUUUAAUCUAUUUUCUUCUAAAGCUUUUUGUUUUUCCUGGAGCUGAUAAUUGCGUUAUUUUUUUCAUUUGCUUAGUUUUCUGGUAUUAAUCACUAAUUCUUUCCAAACCUUUUGAGAAACCGUAAAACCCUACAAUUCUUGCUUGAACACGGGAGGCGGAGGCUGCAGUGAGCCGAGAUCGCACCACUGCACCCCAGCCUGGGCGACAGAGCGAGACCCCAUCUCAAAAAAUAAACAAAAAGCCGCUACAGUUCUGUUUUUCACAUGGUCAAAUGUGUCAGCUGCACUAUUUUUUUUUGAGACCUAAAACUAGGGAUUGCCUAAGCCUUUCCUUUUUAAAAAGUCAGGUUUAUAUAGGUAUAACUUGCAUACAGUAAAAUUAACCUUUUUUAGGUGUAAGAGUUCUGAGAGGUUUGAUAGACUAUAUCAAGGUGUAGGGCCAGCGCCAAUGGCUCACACCUGUAGUCCCAACACUUUGGGAGGCCAAGGCAGGAGGAUCACUUAGGUCCAGGAGUUCGAGACCAGCUUGGGCAACAUAGUGAGACCCUGUCUCUGCAAAAAAAAAAAAAAAAAAGUAUCAAAGUACAGGAAAUUUCCAUUACCCGACAAAGGUCACUCACCCUUUUGUAGUUAAUAACUCGUCUCCAACCUAGAUCCAGCCAACUACUGAUAUGAUGUCUGUCUUUAUAUUUUACGUUUUCCAGAAUGUUACAUAAAUGGAGUCAUACACCCAGUGUUUCCCGGGCUCUUUGAGUUCUGCUCGCGUUACACAGGCGCAUCUCUGCAAGGAGCAACCCAGCUGAACAACAAGAUCUGUGAUAUUGCCAUUAACUGGGCUGGUGGUCUGCACCAUGCCAAGAAGUUUGAGGCCUCUGGCUUCUGCUAUGUCAACGACAUUGUGAUUGGCAUCCUGGAGCUGCUCAAGUACCACCCUCGGGUGCUCUACAUUGACAUCGACAUCCACCAUGGUGAUGGGGUUCAAGAAGCUUUCUACCUCACUGACCGGGUCAUGACGGUGUCCUUCCACAAAUAUGGAAAUUACUUCUUCCCUGGCACAGGUGACAUGUAUGAAGUCGGGGCAGAGAGUGGCCGCUACUACUGUCUGAACGUGCCCCUGCGGGAUGGCAUUGAUGACCAGAGUUACAAGCACCUUUUCCAGCCGGUUAUCAACCAGGUAGUGGACUUCUACCAACCCACGUGCAUUGUGCUCCAGUGUGGAGCUGACUCUCUGGGCUGUGAUCGAUUGGGCUGCUUUAACCUCAGCAUCCGAGGGCAUGGGGAAUGUGUUGAAUAUGUCAAGAGCUUCAAUAUCCCUCUACUCGUGCUGGGUGGUGGUGGUUAUACUGUCCGAAAUGUUGCCCGCUGCUGGACAUAUGAGACAUCGCUGCUGGUAGAAGAGGCCAUUAGUGAGGAGCUUCCCUAUAGUGAAUACUUCGAGUACUUUGCCCCAGACUUCACACUUCAUCCAGAUGUCAGCACCCGCAUCGAGAAUCAGAACUCACGCCAGUAUCUGGACCAGAUCCGCCAGACAAUCUUUGAAAACCUGAAGAUGCUGAACCAUGCACCUAGUGUCCAGAUUCAUGACGUGCCUGCAGACCUCCUGACCUAUGACAGGACUGAUGAGGCUGAUGCAGAGGAGAGGGGUCCUGAGGAGAACUAUAGCAGGCCAGAGGCACCCAAUGAGUUCUAUGAUGGAGACCAUGACAAUGACAAGGAAAGCGAUGUGGAGAUUUAAGAGUGGCUUGGGAUGCUGUGUCCCAAGGAAUUUCUUUUCACCUCUUGGUUGGGCUGGAGGGAAAAGGAGUGGCUCCUAGAGUCCUGGAGUGGUCACCCCAGGGCUUUUGCUGACUCUGGGAAAGAGUUUGGAGACCACAUUUGGUUCUCGAACCAUCUACCCCCUUUUCCUCUCUCUCCCAAGGCCUGACAAUGGUACCUAUUCGGGAUGAGAUACGGACAAGGAUAGCUAUCUGGGACAUUAUUGGCAGUGGGCCCUGGAGGCCAGUCCCUAGCCCCCCUUGCCCCUUAUUUCUUCCCUGCUUCCCUCGAACCCAGAGAUUUUGAGGGAUGAAUGGGUAGACAAGGACUGAGAUUGCCUCUGACUUCCUCCUCCCCUGGGUUCUGACUUCUUCCUCCCCUUGCUUCCAGGGAAGAUGAAGAGAGAGGGAUUUGGAAGGGGCUCUGGCUCCCUAACACCUGAAUCCCAGGUGAUGGGAAGUAUGUUUUCAAGUGUGGGGAGGAUAUGAAAAUGUUCUGUUUUCACUUUUGGCUUUAUGUCCAUUUUACCACUGUUUUUAUCCAAUAAACUAAGUUGGUAUUUUUUGUACCUUU